AUGGCAAAGCCACGGCCUCCUCUCGUCAUUCCUGAGACCACCUUUACCCCGCCCUCCCGCUCCAAUAGCCUCAGGGUUAGCGGUGGAAGCAGCAGGCCGCGUCUCAAGGUACAAAUUCCUGGUGAUGGCGAUUCUGAAAAUGGGGGUAGCGCAACAGCGGACUCUACAUCACCGCGCAAUCUCACCGAUUCGACAUCCCAAGCGACGCGCCCGGCGCUGCAGGUUCUUCCUCCUCCAUCGCCGUCUGCCUCUGCUUUGCUCUCAGCCGGCGCGACGGGGCCGCCUAAUCCGUUCGCACGACCUCAUCCGCCACAGAACAAUGGUGGCAUGAAUAUUGAUACGCCAGUGUCUGCGCUACCCUCUCGAUUUCUCAACAACGAAUUCCUGCCCAGUCCCAGUAGCUUCUAUCCCAACUGGGACUUUAGAGGGAGUGACAGCAAUACCCUGCCGAGCCCUCUAAACUUUGCCACUCCCGUCGUCGGUUCCGGGCCUUCCUUCCUAAGGGACGAGACCUCGACGGGUAUCGAAAACGGAAGAGUCCAGAAGCACCUGCAAGCGGCGUUCCGGACACACCAGAUCAUAAUCAAGAGCCGAAACGGAUCAAGCUUGUUUUUGUUGGUUGAUGACUUCUAG